ACUAAUGAAGAAACUUCUGAUGUUGUUGUCGCACCAUCUACUUCGAAGCUAUUGGAAGAUGUUACUUCCCAGGAUAUACCUUUAGAUUUAGGUGAUCCUACAAUCAUGUCAGACGAGGAUAUUCUUUUAUUGGUUAUUAAUGGCAGAUUUUCUCAAUAUAAUUUGGAAAAAAUUUUGAAGAAUAAUGAACGAGCUGUAAAAAUACGUAGAGCCUUGAUAUCACGUUCUUCAAUUACGAAAACAUUGGAAAAUUCAGCCUUACCUAUGGAAGGUUAUGAUUAUUCAAAAGUCAUGGGUGUAUGCUGUGAAAAUGUAAUUGGAUAUAUACCAAUCCCCGUCGGAGUGGCAGGGCCUUUAAAAAUUGAUGGCGAAUUAUUACACAUUCCCAUGGCAACAACUGAAGGAUGUUUGUUGGCAUCAACUUCUAGAGGAUGCAAAGCAAUUAAUGGAGGUGGUGGUGCCAAGACUGUUGUGACUCAAGAUUUGAUGACUCGUGGACCUUGUGUGGAAUUUCCUAAUAUUAAACAAGUCGAAAAGGCUAAACAUUGGCUAGAAAAUGACGGAAAUGAUAUUGUAAAACGAGCGUUUGAUUCCACAUCUAGAUUUGCUAGAUUGAAGAAAUUAAAAAUUGAUGAUAACAUGAAAAAGAAAAUUUGCUUUGUUCAAAAAUCGAAUUUU